AUGAAUAAUCAAGAUAUACAAGAAGAAAACAUACAAAUGAACAAAGAAGCUAUGCAAGAAAAAAAAGAAAAUAUUGCAAAUGCGGCCGCUGGAUUAGAAAAUCCAGAUGAUCUUCUGUUUAAGAUGGAAAAAUUCCAAAGAGUUACUUCUAAAGGGGUGGCGCUGCUUAAAAAUGUUUCUCUUUCUCUACCAGAAGGAAAUCUUAUAGCUCUUUUGGGACUGAGCGGAGACGGAAAGACAACUUUGAUGGACAGCAUAUCCGGUAUGUGCACACCAUCACAUACAACAUAUGGAAAAGCCUAUGUUAAAAACAAGAGUGGAGAUCUUGUUGAAAGAGACGCCGAGAGCUGGUUUAACCGGGUGAACUACACGCAGCAAAGCAUGAUUUCAUACAAAAAGAUUUCUUUAUGCAGUAUAUUAUGCUCAAUUGCCACUUGCCAUGGAAAGAAGAAACAGGAGGUGGAUGACUACUUGGCUCUUUUUAGGCUGUCAAAAGUAAAAAAUGUACUGUUUGAAAAUCUUUCUGGGGGGGAGCAGAGAAGAUCUAUGGUGAUAGCUGGGAUUUUGGCAAACAAAGAAUUAAACAUAUGGGAUGAGCCGCUUACGGGGCUAGACUCGGAAGUAGCAAGAGUCAUUAUUUCUAGCAUGCAAAAGACAAAAACCACAGACCUAGUCACAGUCCACCAAGUCUCAGAAGACCUAAUGAAGAGAUUUGACCAUGUGCUUCUUAUGCACAUGUCUACCAUUGUGUAUUCCGGGCCUAGGUCUGAGAUGCAAAGCUAUUUCGCAGAAAAGGGAAUCCAGUUUCCAAGUGACAUGUUCUAUAUAAACUAUCUUAUGAAACUAUGUGCAGGAAAUAGCGAUGAUCAUAUUGAUACAAAAAACAUCGAAAUAUUCAACGACUUGGCAAAUGAGAUCAUACACAGCUCUCCUGGGCCAGUUGCAUCAACGAAUAUUGGACUGCUUAAGACGCAGGCAAACGCAUCUUUCCCCAGAGUUUUACAGAUACUCGAUAGGUCAUUAUGCAUAGACAGAUUGUUUAAAGGAAGUUCUAUUAUUGGGAAUAUAGUGAUUUGUGUUAUGGUAGGAACUUUUUCGUAUAUGCUUUAUUAUAUUGCAGUUUAUAAUAGAUAUAUAAGUAACAAUACUUCAAUUCCGUACUUUAAGUAUAGCGAAGAGCAGUGGGCAGCAUAUUUGACAAACAUGCUAAGUCUAGUCAAAAACAAAUUAGCUUCUGAAAACACUGCAGACACUAAGUUUAUUGAACAAGUUACUGCGUUGCAGAUAGUUUCUGCAAACAUUGAAUGGGUAUCUUUUAUGACUCUAAUAUUCGGGCUUGUUAUAACAAUUACUUCUGUUCUUUGUUUUUUCAUCGUGCCAAGCACGUUCUUGACGCUAGACUUCUAUAAGCUAUGCAAAAGCAAUAUACAAGGAAAGCAGUUUACUGUUGGUGAUUUUAUGUGUGCACUGAGCAUUGACACUUUUUUACGAAAGUCACUCAUUCUCUUUGUAAUGUUAACAGUAUUUCUUAUAGUUUCAACUAGAAUUGUUGAUCCUAUUAUACUCAGCAGCUGUAGUGUUGGUUAUACUAUUCCUAUUGUUUUGUUUUUUUUAUGUAGUAUUAUAAUGGGACUGCAUUCUAUUAUGCUAAACUUUGCUCCUAUUUCUCUAAAGUUAUUUUUCGCAAUAGGUUUUUUAUAUGCAUUUAUUAUAAACAUGGGGCCAAAUAGUAUAGUAGAAUAUAUAAACAAGUAUGAUCGUACUAAAAUAACCCGACCAGAUACAAUAAUUCCAUUAUUUACACAAGAUAACGCAAGCGCUGCUUUAAAUUCCAUAGACAUAAUUGAAAUAUCUUCCUUUUGGAAAUCUUUUUUAAAGGUGGGAUUACGUAUAAGUAUAAUAUUCACUAGGUUUAUAGUUUUAUAUAACCCUAUGAACUAUUUCCCGCAAGUACUAUCUAAGAUAUGCUUGUAUAUGAACUAUAUACGUCUCGAUUCUACUAUGAAAAAGUCUAUCGACAGCACUACAAUUAAUAGAAUCUUAAAGGAAAUAGAAUUAUUAAAUCCAAGUAAAUCCAAUAGUUCUGAUACAUUAAAAAUUCAGGGUGGUUCUUUUGCUAUAGAGAAGCUAAAGCUUUUCUGCUUUACCUCUGAGCCAAAUGAGGUAUUUGACAAAGCAAGAUCUCUUAAAAACAUAUCUGCACUGUACGUCAUAUGGGCUGAGAUUCGGUUCUGGCUCUUACCCGCCGUAUUGAUUGUACUAACCGGUCUUUACACAUACAGGCAUCUUCAGCCAAAGCUAAGAAACUAAAAUGCGU